GUGACAGCGUAACCAUGGUGUGCAAUUCCGUUUCCGCUCCAGUUGGGAUAUUUGUCCGCGGUGCAGGAAUGUUGGAGAUGCUCUCGCUGGGGGAGAGGUAACAGCCGCACCCUCCCGCUGACAGAUGAACGUGUGCUCGGCUCUCGGCUCUGAGGGAAGCGGACACUCACUCACAUCCGCGCGGCUGCAGGGCGCUCCCAGUACCGCACAUUCCCGGACUCGCAUGAUUGAUUGAAGCUGCUGCUACUCCUCCUCAUGGCGAAAAACACCCUGUCCUCGCGAUUCCGGGGAGUCGACAUCGACGAAUACGACGAGAAUAAAUUCGUGGACGACCAGGACGAGGCGGCCGAGCAGCAGGGACCGGACGCGUGCGAGGUGGACGAUCUGAUCAGACAAGGGGACAUGAUGACAGCAUUUCACAUCGCCUUGAGGAAUCCACCAAUCAACUCCAAGAAUCCCGCAGUGAAAGAGCGGGCGCAGGCGGUGGUGUUACGAGUGCUGACUGCAUUCAAGAGCAGUGAUAUUGAGCCGGCCGUGAAGUCUCUGGACAGGAACGGAGUGGACCUGCUGAUGAAGUACAUCUACAGAGGCUUCGAGAAGCCCUCGGACAACAGCAGUGCCAUCCUGCUCCAGUGGCACGAAAAGGCUUUCGCUGUGGGGGGUCUGGGGUCCAUCGUACGAGUGCUGACUGCCAGAAAAUCUGUCUGAGAAGCCGAGAGAAAUCAAGAGAUAACCAGCCAUCGGGAUCUGUUUCUCUUUCUAAGACACAAGACAGCUUCUUCUCUCACAACUCAACCUUAUCCGGGGGAAACCACUCAUGCUCAACCGAUUAAAAAGCAGAGAUAUUGUAUGAUUUUUAAUGUAAAUUAUUGAUUCUUGAAUAUGUUAUUACUGAAGACCCGAUUCUCGACUAAUGAAGGUGAACGGUUGUGCGAUGGAAGGACAAUGAGUCUCAUGACGAGGCUAAGUCUUGAUCAGCAGUUUCAGGACAUGAAAUACUGUGAUGAAUAUGAAAAUUGUAUUUGAUUGUUUUACGUGGUUGGUUUUCUCGGAUGUGUACUUUCCAUUUUUUAGUUGUGGUUCUCAUUUUCUUUCGUAUUGUACAGAAAGAGGAUGAUGUUUAAUAUAUAGUAUUUAGGUGGCUUUAUGGUACAAAUCGUAGGGUCGGGUUAUUGUGAAGUGCCUGGUGCAAUAAAGAACAAUAAGAGUGUA